UCGCAUUCUAGUUUUGAUAUCCAUUAGGAGGUAGCAACAGUGGUUUGACCGAACGAGGGGAACAAUCACGCAUUAGACGCGAACUCUUGCAAGCCGACCUCUUCACAGCCCACGAAAAGUGCUCAAACAGCCCUCACAGCCCAUUGAGCUCGGUUGCCUGGGUGUGAGCACACUAACCUGUGCGGGGUCUGGGUUAGCGAGCGCCAGGGCAGACACUGCACGCCUACGAAGACGCAGCCACUUAGCAGCUUAAUAAAUGACAUCUUUACAUAAUACUGGCGGAGUGCCAGCUGGCCUCACGGCUAGCGGCGUGGCAACCCCCAGCUCCCCGGGACCCGUCGCGGCCGCACCUUGCUAUUCCCCUGCUACUGCGGCCGUGACAGCUGCAGGCAGCGGUGCCGCCGGCGACGCACUGGCGCCUGAGGCCCACCCCUGGCACGAGCGCUUCGAUGUGUUGGAGGACCAAAUGAUUCACAAGCGGUACAUGGCCAUGUACGACCGGACCGUGCAGUUCACGUCGGGCGAUGGACAGAGCCACACGGUGCAGUACGACGUGGUAGGAAACCCGCGAAUGGACUUUCGCUUUUCGGUGGCGUUUCCCUUCCACCCCGCCACCGCCACCACGCCGGCGCAGGUCACAGUGGUCCGGGAAUACGCGCAGGGCCCCAACGCCUUGCAGUUUACUUUGCCGUGCGGCGGCUUCGACCCCAAGAAGCACAACAACCUGCGCGAGUGCGCCGUCGCCGAGAUGAGGGAGGAGGCCAUGCUUGUGGGCGGCGAGGUGGUGGAGCUGCUCCCGGAGGACCACCCGGGGCAGAGCGAGCUCAAGUGGAGCCGCAACAAGUUCAAGCCCUUCCUGUUCAUAGACCCCCAGCCCGACCCCUCUGGCCACGCCGCUCGGGACGCAGAGGAACACACCAUCGAGGUCAUGCGCGUCACCAUCCCCGAGCUGUACGGCAUCAUCCUGGGCGGCCAGAUGAUGUUGCCCAGCGUGUUUGCGGCCUUUGCUGCCUUGGAGGUGCUCAAGAGCCGCGAGCUCAUUUGAGGCUUUUGUGGAGGAUCAGGCACCUCAUUAGUGGCCUUUGAGCUACUGUCAGGCCUCGUGUAGGGGCGGUGCGGGCCUGUUGGUCCGCACGCGCACCCAUCGCCGAGUGACAUUACAUAUUAUACCGUAAUGUAGGUUCUAGGACAGCUCCGACUAACCCCCAACUAACUCGUGUACGGCACCCCAAAACCCUCAGCCGUACAGGAGUUGAUUUGGGAGUCGGCAGCUGCGCGUGUGUGAGCUGGUAAUUGUACGGCGGCGCGGCUCGGAAGCUAACUGACUGUAGUGAUGCACACGGGCAGUUGACGCUAGUCGGCAGGCGCGCGAGUGGGAGUGGGUAGCUGAGCGCGUGCGCGUGUGGGAAGCUGCGACAGUGUACGGUGGAGCACGGCGGGGCUUGGCGGUUGGGCGCGCGGCGCGAGUGGGAGCUGCUAGUUGAGUGCACGCGUGUGGGAAGCUGCGACAGUGUACGGUGGAGCACUGCGAAGCACGGCGGGGGCUUGGCGGUUGGCGCAGCGUGCGCGUGGGAGCUGCUAGUUAGCUGAUAAAGGUUACAUGUGGGACGACAGCCGUGGAUGAAGCCAGGGCCGCAAAAACGUACGAGGCACGCACGCUCACCCGAGGAGAGAUCCCCGAAUGACCCC